UGUAGACGAACUUCUGUCAACUCUUCUGUCAAGGAAGAGUUGCGUUAGUUUUUGUUUUUGUUACUGCUUUUUUAAAAGGGAAAAUCCUCACACAGUCCUUGAUUUUGGUCAUUUUUCUUCUCUUCUGAAGUGGAUCUGUUGACGUGAACUCAUAAGGAUUUGAAGAACAGGGAUUACUCACACUUUGAAGGAUUCUGUGCAUCACAUAUCGCUACACUGAAGGUCACAAGGUCAAGAUGGAGAAUUCAGGCCAAGAGUCAGCUUAUGGCAACAGCAACCAGGCGGCCGCCACCGCUCAGAGCGCCGUAGAGCCUCGCCGUCUCAGCAUCCAGCGUUGCAUCCAGUCCCUGGUCCAUGCGUGCCAGUGCCGAAACGCCAGCUGCUCCCUACCAUCCUGUCAGAAGAUGAAACGGGUCGUUCAGCACACCAAAGGGUGCAAGAGGAAAACAAACGGAGGCUGCCCCGUCUGCAAGCAGCUCAUUGCCCUGUGUUGCUACCAUGCGAAACACUGUGAGGAGAACAGGUGUCGGGUCCCGUUCUGUCUGAACGUCAAGCAGAAGCUUCGCCAGCAGCAGCUGCAGCAGAGGCUGCAGCAGGCUCUGAUGCUGAGGAGGAGGAUGGCCAGCAUGCAGAGAGUGGGUCAGCCCACCGGAGGACCGCCCGGGGGCAACGGCCUGCCCUCUCCUGGAGCCAACAGUGGAGCUGCUGUCCUUGAGCACACAAAAGGGUUGAUCCAUGUUGCCGAGGUUGUUCAUGGGAAACUGGCAGUCUCCAAAAUGGUAGUGAUCCGCUUCUCGGAAGCAGAGGCGACUGUUGAGAGCAUCGCCACAAAAGUGAGGGAGGCUUUGGGGAGCGAGGAGGGUUUUAUUCUGACUGACUGUCAGGGUCGUGAAAUCCUGGAUUCUGAGGACACAAGAAGCUCUCAGUACUGGAAGCAGAACUCCAGUAACAUCUUUGCUUUGCCUGAAAAUGAAUUUCGGGACUUCCAGAAUGGCCAACGGGCCAAAAGGAGUCGCCGGGCUGAAGACAGUGAUCUGCAGGACGUGGUCCAACACAUAGAUGGACUGAAGUGUGCAUCAGAUAGCAUCAGUCAGCCGUCUGAGAUGGCCGAGAAAAAGGCCACAGAAGCACAUGUGAAGCCAGUGAAGGAGGCUUUCACCUGCCUGGUCUGUUUAGACGUGAUGGUGGAGCCCACAUUCAGCAAGUGCUGCUGCUCACUGCUGGGGUGUGGAGCCUGUGUGAGGGAGUGGCUACUAACUUCAGACCACUGCCUGAAGUGCAGAAGUCCCAACUUCAAAAGAAACAUCCACUCUGUAAAGGGUCUGGAUGCUGCCUUGGCUUUCAUGAAAUGAAUUGAUUGAAUGAUUUUUACUGUUAUAUUUAUGCACUCUGUUUAUCCUGAUGUUGCAGUGGACUGUUAAAUCUAUCAUAAGGUAAUAAAUUAUGCUUUUUGAAAUAGAAUGCAAUAAAUUUAUUGUUUACA